AUGGGGCAGAUGAACACAACUUCAUGCCAGUACUGAUCUGUGGAACCUGCAGCCAUUUAGCUUCUUCUCCAGUCCUACACAUCCUCCCCAAACCCCACCCCAAAUGGAUGAAGAAUCCGUCCAGAAGGCAGUCCACAGUGCUUGGCCACAGUUGGUGGAAUUCCUCAGUUGCCACCCUGAGUGGGUUCUGGAGAAAGCCAAGCAGCUGCUUCCCCAGGUAGACUUGAGUAAGCUCGAGGCGGUUGCUGAUGACAGAAAGAUCUCCUUAGCCUUGGACAUGUUCAAAAGAAAUGCUGUUGCUGAUGCUUCCAUCUUCAAAGAGUUUAUGCAGAGCGUCUGCAUGGAAUGCAGCUUGCCUAUGGAGCUGGAGAUAGUGUGCAUGUGUGCAUCAGGACUUGGAGAAGGUCAUGUAACUCCAGUACAAGAAGUUUUUGAAGAAACAGCCACCCUGUUCCCAUCAACAUCCACAAGACCUGAACGACGUCGUCCAUGGACCAGCCUUUCCACCAUCAACAAUGGCAAGCAGUCUAAACAGCAACGGCUAGAUUCUUCUGAAAAGUACCGGCAGCGUAUCAUCACAGCAAUGUUGCAAAGAUAUGGAGCGAAUAGACCAGUGGAGGCAGCAGAAGAUGAAAUUUGGAAAUCGGCUUUUAGCCAAACUUUCAUCAAUUUGGUGAUUCGCCAGAGCAAACCUUGGAAAAUAAAGAGCAAAGCCAAAGAAGGGCCAAUCACUCUGCAUGACUCAGAGGAGCACAGUGAUACAACCCUGGGAUUGUCUGAUCUCUUCAAAAGUGCAUGUUCUGGCACCACUGAGGUCAUUCUUUUGUUGGGCAAACCGGGCAUGGGGAAGACAAGACUCAUGAACAAACUCUGCCAGCAGUGGGCUGAGGGGACCCUUGAGCAAUACAAACUGAUAUUCCUCUUUGAGUUUUGGCAGCUGAAUCUGAUCAACAGAAGGCUUUCUCUGCAGGAACUCUUAUUUGACUUCUUCCUGUGUCCAGAAGAUUGUCCCAAUGCAGUAUUUGAGCAUCUCCUAGACAAUGCCCAGCAUGUCCUGAUGAUCUUUGAUGGACUGGAUGAGUUUGUGGGGGAUAUCAAACUUCCAUCCUCUCCUAACUCAUCGGGCCCUGAUCCUUUCACCCCUCUUGCUGUCUCAGAACUCUUUGCCAGUCUUUGCCAUGGAAAUCUCUUGCCCAGCUGCACUGUACUGGUCACAACCCGGCCUAAGAUGCUCCCUAACAUUUUGUUGAAAACUGUCACCCUUCAGGCAGAAAUCUGGGGAUUUGAUCACGAGAAGGUUGAGGAGUAUGCCAGCUCUUUUUUCCAACACAACGCACUGAAGGACCAAGCCAUCGCUUGCCUGAAAAGCAAUGGCAAGCUUCUGAGCAUGUGUUAUAUCCCUGCCUUGUGCAACAUUGUUUGUAUUUGCCUGGAAUAUUUGCUCCUGCAAGAUGUAGGAAGUAUCCAGCUGCCUCAAACCAUGACCCAGUUUUACAUCAAAAUGGUGCUUAUCUUCAUGGGCAAGUUCCAGAAGCUGAGUGGAGCGAGUGAGGAAGCUGAUUUGAGUCAACAUCGAGCGACUCUUGAAAGCCUGUGUGAGCUGGCUUUCAAGGGUCUGGAAGAGAAGAAGAUGUCAUUUUAUGCUGGUGAAGUCCCAGCACAUGUGAGGGAUUUUGCAUCUUUAUAUGGCUUGCUUCUGGCCUUUGAGAUAAAGGCAAGUAAUGGCAACGCACAAGCCGGAUAUACUUUUGUCCACUUCAGUUUUCAAGAGUUCUUUGCAGCGCUUUUCCUGUUGACAAGCAAAACUAUCGAUGACAACUGUCUGAGGGCAAAGUUCUUCUUGAGGCCAAAGUGGAUUUUGAAGAAGGAAGCCAAGAUGACAUUCACUGAGAACUGCCACAUCUUCCUGUCAGGCCUUUCCUCCCAAUGGUGUCGGCAAUUUCUUAGCUCCUUAGCUGGGCAAAAUGAAAGUUGGAUUCAGGAGCGGCAAGCCAUAAUCACACAGAUACUGAAGCAACUUGCAGUGACCAGUUUGACCGGGCCUAAAGUUGUUGAGCUGUGCCACUGUGUAUAUGAGACACAAGACCUUGACACAGCACAGCAUGUUGGGACAGCAUUAAACUUCAAGUAUCAGUUUAGAAAUUUCAGGCUGAUGCCACUGGAUAUAACAAGUCUGGUUUUUGUCAUUGGCAGCAGCCCUAAUUUGGUGAGCUUAGGUUUUGUCGGAUGUCCAAUGGAACUUGAGUAUUUGGAUGUCUUAGCCAGUUGUGAAAAUAUAGAGAGCCUGAGCUUUCAGAGCAGGAAGUAUGGAAAUGAAUUUGCUGCUGCCCUUUCUAAAAGCUUACCGAAGAUCAAAUGCAUGACCACUUUCAAGCUGGCAGGUGGAAAUAUUACAGUCUCUGGACUUGAAGAUCUUCUACAAGCCUUUGCAAACUGCCAUCAACUUGAAGACAUAAGCUUGCAGGACAACAAGAUGAAGGAACAGGAAAUGAUGAAAAUUAUAGAAAUAUUUUCCACAGUGGAAAAGCUAAAGAGAAUCGAUUUAAGCCAUAAUCAGAUCUCGGAGAACACCGUUCUAGCUUUCUGCGAAGCUGCUGCAGUUUCUCCCAAUGUUACUGAGCUGCAUAUCAGGAAGAACACUUUAACCAUUAAUUUUACAGGCCAAUCCAUAAGAAGUGGCAGGUCACAAAGCUUGGGGAUAAAUGAAGAUGAAACUGUUCCUCGAGGCCAGUCGUUAAUAUUACGACUUCAGGACUGCCGACUGUCUCCCCAACAUGCUACACAGAUUGCCAGAAUUCUCAGGAGCUGUUCCCACCUGUCUGAAAUUGAUUUGUCAGGUAACAAUCUUGGAGAUGAAGGAUGCAGAGAACUGGUGAAGAAGCUGUCCAAAAUUUCCAUUACUGGCCUGAUGAAUUUAAAUAACAACCAGUUGUCUCUGAAGAGCAUUUUCUGUCUCCUGCAUUCAAUGACAAUUUGUCCAAAUAUCGAGACGCUUGAAGCCAGUCUUCAUCAGAAAACUGCAGUAUUGACACUGGAUAACAGAGUGGUUGCUCGUUCCUCUCGUUCCAGGAGUUACUCUUUGAAUGAUGAUCAGUUCAGCACUGAUAAAGGACAGAUAUUGGCAACAUCAAGAAAAAUAUGCUUGACGGGCAACUGUUUUCAUGGUGAAGAUCUGAAGAACCUGUGCUUGGCACUGAGGUGUUGCAGUGUAACUGAGUUGGAUUUGUCAGAUAAUUCUCUGGGAGACGCAGGAGUUUUGAAAGUGGCCGAACUUCUCCCAGAUAUGAAGGCAUUACGUUCCUUAAUACUGGAUCAGAAUCACAUAUCCCUGAAUGGUGUUUUUUGUUUGGCGCAGUCCUUUUCUGCCUUGGACCAGAUGACCUCAAUUCACUUGAAUUUGGGAAAUACCCAGUCAGUUUGGUUAUCCUUUGGGGAUAGAUCCAGGUGCAACCUGACUGAUGAACAUCAAAGCAAGUUGCUGGUUUGUCCACAACACUCGAUACAUGCCCGCCGCUUUAGUCUCAAGGAUUGUGUGUUGGCCCCAGAGGAUGUUGUUAGACUCUUCGGAAUUUUGAACACGUGCUCUGGGCUGUCAGAGAUCAACUUUUUUGGGAACACGCUAAAUGAUGAAAGUAUCGAACAGCUACUGAAGUUUCUGCCCCAUCUCCAGAGUCUGAAGCUCUUGAGCAUCAGGAAUAAUAUGGUUUCACGACAUUGUGUUUGCCUGCUGGCCAGUUCCUUUAACCUAUGUGAGCGAAUCUGUGAAGUUGAAGUCAGAUCCAGUGAAAAUGCUUUCCUGUAUUUUGUGGAUGGGCAAGAAAGUCGAGAAGUACACUGCAGGCUAAUAGACUGUGGCAUUGGCCAGGAUGAUAUUAAAGAACUGUGUGUAAUCCUUGAGAAGAGUGGCUGUCUUGUAGAACUGGAUCUGUCCAGGAACUGUCUUGGCAAUGAUGGAUUGAGGUGUCUCUUAGAACAUUUACCUGGGAUUCACACUUCCUGUCUCAUAAAAAUGAGUCACAAUGGAAUCUCUCAAGAUGGAGUCCUCUAUCUCGUUAAUGCCUUAGCCACCUGUCCAAAUGUUACUGAAGUUCACAUAAGUUUGUGCUCUGAGGAAACCUUGACAAUCACCUUAGUGAGAGAAAAUAAUCUUCAAAAGACCCUCAGGCUAAAGCAAUGCAGCUUCCAACCAGAACAGCUGGCAACCGUGCUAGGAAAGUGCUUCUCCUUGACUGAUUUUACGUCAGUUAAUAAUGGCCUGACACUCAGAGAUGCAGAGGCUCUGUUUAAGGCCCCAAGGAAACCUACAGGUGUGCUAAGGAUGGGCAUAGAAGAGCUGUGGGUGAAGAACGAGAGUCUCCUUGGCCUUCUGAAGUUGGCUGCUGAAGUCCACGGGAACAUUACAGAAGUCACGAUAAGGAGGAACGCAUCUCUCUUUGUAGUGGAACAGGAAUUUCCUCCUCCAGUGAAGAAAGUGGAGUCUGUAGUUAGCAGGCUGCGUCAGUGCGAGCUAGAAGCGAAGGGAGUGCCCUUCCUGCAGAAGCUCAUUGAGAAAUGCCAACAGCUCUGCGCAUUAAACUGGUCUGAGGUGCAGUUCACAGACACCGAAGCAGCAACCAUCUCCAGUGCCCUGUUGCAUUUUCCAGCACUGAAGAGGCUUGAACUGACAUGUUGCAGGAUAUCUCCCUUUGGAUUUAAGCUCAUGGCUGAAGCACUGAGUCAAUGUCAUGCCAUUGAAGAGAUCAACCUAUCCAAAUGCAACUUUGGCACCAAGGACUUGAGUAAUCUAGUGGAUGCUCUGGAAGGAAAACUCCGCUUGAAAAGCAUAAACCUUGGCUUUUUGAAUCUUGAAAAUGGAGGUGCUCUGAAACUGAUUUCAAGACUGUCUGCGCUGCCUCUCCUGAGAAGACUGGUUUUGAACAAUAACAGUCUUCAUAGUGAAGUCUAUCCGCAUCUUGCUGAAACUUUGAGGAAUGCCAUUCACAUGGAAGAAAUCAAUUUAAGCUACAAUGAGAUUAAGGAUGCUGGAGUAAAAGAAAUAGCCACAGCUGUUCCAGAAAUGAAGAAUUUGAAGCAAAUCAACCUAUCACAUAACAGCAUCAGCUGUUUGGGAGGACAAUGUUUUGUGGAAGCUCUGGCUAGCAGCGAGAGGCUGGAAGAGCUCAGGUUAUCUGAGAACGAUCUUGGAUGUGAGACCGUGGUAAAACUUGCUGCAAUUCUGCCUUCGGUGCACCAUUUGAAAGUCCUUCACCUAUCUUCCUGCAACAUUGACUUUGAGGGAAUUUCUCACUUGGCCAGAGCUCUGUCUGAAUGUCCACAAAUACAGGAGCUGAGUUUGUCACAAAAUUUCAUUGGGGACAAGGGGGUCCAAGCCCUCGCAGAGGGGAUGGCGAAGUCUUCACAACUGAGGAGGAUUGAGCUGAAGAUGUGUGGAAUCACUGACUCUGCUUACAAGCCCCUUGCCUCUGGGCUUAGCUGCUGUGCUCUGCUUGAAGAGAUUGUCCUGUCUUGGAAUUUACUUGGUGAUAAAAGCACCCUGGAACUGGCCAAGAUUCUUCCAGGGAUGGAGAGACUGAGAAUACUGGAUCUGGACCAUAACAAAAUCACAGACUGCAGUAUCAGAGGGCUAGCUGAGGAGCUUACUCACUGUCGAAGAAUCCAGUCUGUACGAUUGUGGCACAAUGAGAUUUCCGCGGUGAUGAAGAGGACUCUAAGCAAGGAAGAGCCUCGGCUGCAUUUCUCGGCUUAAGAAAGGAGCAAACCAGGUUGUGUUCAGCCACAUCACUGCAGAUGAAUUUGAGGGAAAGCUACUGCCAAUUGCAAAGAAAGGCGGCCUAUGAACAAAAGGGGGCUUCAAAGCAUAGAAAAACAAGUCCUGUUUAUAUAGUCAGCACAGCUGGGCGCAAAGAGCUGACUAUGACAAGGCAGAAGGCUCACGUGGAAGAUGCAGGA